AUGUCCUCCUUCGCUGGGUUCAACACGCAGCCGCAGCUCUCCCAAAACACCUCUCUCGCAACGCUCCUCCACCGCGCCGACGACCUCGCGCGCCAGUUCAACCGUCACCAUGCCUCCUCACUAAACAGCGUCUCGUCCCUUCCCUCUCUCGCGAACCAGCUGCAGAAUCUCAUGGCUAUGCCUUCUGUGCCUGUAACACGGUCGAGACCUGAAGGCGGGAUUCGCGAACGAGGGAUGGCCAAAGUUCAGCAGACUAUCGAGGAAGCCCUCCAAGGCGUGCGGGACGACCUGGGAAAGAUGGAAGGCGAUGUAGAGCAACUCAACUCGUUGCUCUUCGAGGCGGAUUUGUUCCUCGCCACGCCGAGCCUCGCGUUGCAGCAUGGGUUGAACCCGAAGGAAGCGCUUCAACAUGUGUCGGGGUUGUUUGCGCAGUACCAGGCGGAAUUGAUUCGCUUGAGGGAAGUGCUGGCGGACUUUACGAGUGAGCAGAUUGGUGUCGACGAGUUUGUGGACGAAUGGAAGACGAUGAAGGAGGUCGACAAGGGCCAAGAAGCCGAGUUGAGCGACCUCGUCGACGUCCUCGGGAGCUGGGGAGGGUCGGGAGGACUCGACGUCGAGAUGUCGUGA